UGGAGAGUCAUUGGGUUUCGUAUACCUUUUGAUACAUCAACUCUCACACACACCCAUCUAUCUCAUCCUCCUUGUCGACUAGCUCGCAAUACCACGUAUCCCCUCUCUCAACCCUCAUUCCUACCCCAUUCCACGUAUAUAAACAGCAUAAUCCACAAUGUCUUGGUUCGGAGGUGGAUCCCAUCACGACAAGGGCCCCAACUUCUUCCCCGUCACUUCGUACAACUCGGGCUAUGGCGCCCUCACCGACCAGGACACUGCCUGGGAGUGCAUUUCCAACAAGGGCUUCCAGACUGAGACCCAAACCUACUACUCCGUCUUGGAGGAUGGCAGUAUCCUCAUGAUCCAGGUCAUCUGGAGCUUCCUUGGUCUCUUCCUUGUCCCGGCCACGACUCAGAUGACCUUCAAGCUCUACAACCCCAAGACGAAGAAGAUGACCUGGAAGUCUGUCAACGUCUCCAACUUCAAGACGGAUGGAAGGAGCAGCAAGUCUGACGCUUUCGAGAUCAAGCACGUUGGAACCACCGCCACCGAAGAAAUCUACGAGAUCAGUGCUGAUCUCGACAAGGCGAUCCAGUUGAACGUCAAGUGGUCCAAGCCCGCCUCGGCCCCCGGCGCGAAGUACGGCGCCGGUGAGAAUGGUGGCUACUCCACGUAUGGCCGUGACCGUAGCGUCGAGAAGCGUGACGGCUUCAUUGUGCACCGUUUCCACCCCUUCGCCGUGAGCUCUGGCUCUAUUGUCGUUGAUGGCAAGAUCAUCGAUGCCAAGGGUGACGCCAUGUUCGUCCAUGCCAUUCAGGGUGGUAUGCGCCCCAACUUGACUGCCGCGCGCUGGAACUUUACCUUCUUCACGACCGGUGGUGGUUAUGAGGACUCGGAGAUUGGCAGCGUUCGUGCCAUCUUCAUGGAGUUCCAGACGACUGAUGACUAUGGACCCGGAGGCAAGAACUCUGAGCGUGCCACAGUCUCGGUUGGCCUGGUUUAUGCGUCAAGCCUCCCUGAGUCGCGUGUUGGUGUUGUUGGUCAAACCCGUCCUGCUACGUCGGCCUGGCCAGUUCCCAACAGCGAUGUUGCGGAAGCCAAGCACUUGAACCCCGUCAAGGACCAGGAGACUGGCUACCUCGCUCCCACUGGCCUCACGUUUGUUUGGGCCGGAGACCGCUCGGACAAGGCCGGCAAGUUCGAAGCCAGUGUCACCAUCGACGACGUCACGGGCGGCUUGGUUGAGAAGGUCGAUGUGCUGGCGGAGAUUCCUUACGUUCUCCGCAAGGGCCUGGCCGCUGUCACUGGAACAAAGCCCUACAUCUUCCAGUACCACAACCCGGCCACGCUGAAUGUCGACUUGUCGGGAGACAAGAAGGUGGCGGUCAAGGGAUGGAUGUACAGCGAGGCGUCGUUCAUUUCACAGUAGACACCCACUCCGCUGCCGGAGACGAAUCUCCGCCCACGCUGUGGGAUUGCUUUAUACGCUGCUACUACCAAGCUUUAAUGUGACUUUGAUUAGACGUGUA